CGAUAUCACAAUCGAGCUAAACUAUCAGAUGACCCUCAAGACUCUCCACUUAAUAGUAACUUUAAGGACAGUGAGGAUAUUUCAAUUAGUAGUAACUUUGAAGAUAGUAAUGAAAAUGACAACUUUGAAGAUUUAUCAUUCAAUUAUGAUAACCUUGAAGAUGAUAACGUAGCCAGUGAUUUUGUAAAUAGUAGCGAUGACCUUGGAGAUGUUUUGAUUAAUAAUAUUAGACUUGAGGACAGUGAUGAUAAUAGUAAUAUUGGCCUUGAAAAUAGUGAUAUUGACAUUUCAAUUAAUGAUGAUGGGCUAUCUAAUCAAAAAAUAGCAGAUAGACCUGAGCCCUUUAAGCCAAACAAUGGUAAAUAUGGUCCAUACUUCGCUAACUUUACUGAGCAAGAGAAUUUCCUAUGGACUUUACAAACAAGAAUGCCUCUAUUAAAUGUAAAAAGUUACUACAUUCCCAUUGAUGAUCGAAGGACUUCUUUUACAUCAAGACAAAUCAAACCUGUCUAUACUAUUUCAAUAAAAGAACACCUUAAACAUGUUUUGAACAACCUACGACUAAUGAAAAAGAUGUAUUUUGGUUGCGGUAUUGAAAGCCAAGAAAAAUCAAGUUAUGGCAUGGAGACAUUUGGCAAUG